GCUGGCUAGCUAACUAGCUCAGCUGCCUAUUUAAUUGAAGGGCCUUCUCCCCUGUCCUUCUACAAUUCUCUUGAUCAAAUUCUUCUGAUUAUUAGGUACCUGAUCAACCUCCUCCUUCCAUUGCACGUCCAUAAUGUCAAACACAUGCGACUUUUCCCUCCCAACAUAUCUCCAGUGUCACAACCUAACCGAUGAAUGCAAAGAACUACUUCGAUCCCUCGCGUCCGAGAACGGGUGGCUUCCCACCUCCCACCACCUCUACCAAGGCUUUUGGUACAUUACUCGUCACCUGAAUGGGGUCCUCUCGGCUCAACACCACUUUAAGGCCCAAGAUUCUGACAUCUUCCUCUUGUCCCAACCCAAGUCCGGUACCACAUGGCUUAAGGCCAUCCUCUUAGCCCUCCUGAACCGUUCACGCUACUCUGAACCUGAUAGGCAACUACUACUAGAUCAUCCCUUGCUCCAGAAAAAUCCACAUGACCUUGUGCUUCAUUUAGAGACCAGGCUUUACGUUGAGGGGACGAAUCCAGACCUCUCCUCAUUCACCUCCCCAAGGCUGUUUGCCACCCACAUUCCCUUCGUGUCACUUCCAGAGUCCGUGAAGGAAUCCAAGUGCAAGCUUGUGUAUAUGUGUAGGAACCCUAAGGACACGUUUGUCUCCCUAUGGCAUUUCACAAGAGAGAUGAGUCCUAACGAUAUUGGCACAAACACUCUCGAGGAGGCCUUUGACAUGUUCUGCAGGGGGUUUAGCAUGUUCGGACCACAUUGGGACCAUGUCCUGGGCUACUACAAGGCUAGCUUGGAGAUGCCCCAUAAGGUCCUCUUUCUAAAGUACGAGGAAAUGAAGGACAAGCCCAGUGAGCAGUUGAAGAGACUGGCCGACUUCUUAGGCUGCCCUUUCUCAAGAGAGGAGGAGGCUGAUGGCCGGGUUGAUGAGAUCAUAAGGCUCUGCAGCUUCAAUAAUCUGAGCAAGCUGGAGGUGAAUCAAACUGGGAAGCUCCUGACUGGACACGAGAACAAGUCGUUCUUCAGAAAGGGUGAAGUUGGAGACUGGGUGAACUAUCUGACUCCUGAGAUGGUUGAGAGGAUCGACCGCAUCACUGAAGAGAAGUUCGGUGAUUUGGGAUUAAAGUUCUAGAAAUUCUUCAAGUUGAGCCACUUAAUUAAUCCCGCAACGGAAUGAAUUAAUAACCGAGCAGUCAGCUCCCAUAUAUCUAUAUAUAUAUAAUCUAUCUUGAUCUUGCCCCUGGAAUGGAUCUGCAUUGAUUUUGUUUAUGUAUUCGGAAUUAUUAAUUGGUUGGUCAAUGGCUCUUUGGCCAUUGGUUCCAUAUUGUCUGGUUCUUUUGUGUUAUC